GUGGGUCCCGCCCACUCGCUAGUUGGCGGCUUGGGAAGCCUCUGUCUUCGGGUAGUUCUCCCAGUUCUGCGCUUACUUAGUUACCGAGCGUCAGCCUCGAGAUCUGCAACGUGCGCCUCGCGUUCUAUCUAUCUUCUGAGACUUUGCCCUUCUCCAGGGAGAGCAUUCAGGAGACCAGGAAAAUGGCCACGGGGCUCCUGAAAGCAAAAAAAGAGGCAUUUGUGGCAUUCGGGGAUGUGGCUGUGGACUUCACCCAGGAGGAGUGGAGGUUGCUGAGCCCAGCUCAGAGGACCCUGCACAGGGAAGUAAUGCUGGAGACCUACAGCCACCUGAUCUCACUAGAUGUUCCAUUUUCCAAACCAAAACUCAUUUCUCAGCUGGAGCAAGGGGAAGAGCCCUGUAUAGAGGAGAGACAACAUCCACUGGGCCUCUGUCCAGCAGAAUCAAAGCUAAACAUUCCACCUUGUCCCCACUGCCCGCUGGCAUUUGCUAGUCAGCAAGGCCUCAGCCAGCACGUGUGGUUCAGUCACUUUCCUCAGCUCUUCUCAAGUUUACGUGCAGGGAAUCAUCUCCCUCCGGGGAAACACUAUCCAGAAGAUCAAAAACAGCAGCAGAAGCGACUCUUUGGUGAAACCUGCUGGAGUGACAAAGCAGAAAUUCAAGAGACAGAAGACUCCAAGCCCUUGUCCAAGAGCAAGGGUGGCACUUCAAAGGUGUUGACCUGCCCACUGCAACGACAGCCAGUAACGGUGGAACAAGACAGGGCAGUGACGGCCACAGGGCCCAGCCGAGACCAGAGGACAGACCUUGGGGAAACAGACAAAGUGUUGCACGGUGUAAAAGUCUCAGGAUUGGGAGAAGUCAAAUACGGGGAGUUAGAGCUAGGCUUCAUGAAGGAGUCAAACCUGCUCAGCCUCCAGAAGAUACACACAGGGGAGAUACCGUACGUGUUCACCGAGUGGGGCCAGGGCUUUGGCAGUAUGUCAGUCCUCAUCAAAAACCGGAGGACACCCUCUAGGGACAAGCCUCAUGUGUGCAAGGAGUGUGGACGAGGCUUUACCUGGAAGUCAAACCUCAUCACACACCAGAGGACACACUCAGGGGAGAAACCUUACGUGUGCAAAGAGUGUGGACGAGGCUUUACUUGGAAGUCAAACCUCUUCACACACCAGAGGACACAUUCAGGGGUCAAGCCGUACAUGUGCAAGGAAUGUGGGCAGAGCUUUAGUCUGAAGUCAAACCUUAUCACGCACCAGAGGGCACACUCUGGGGAGAAGCCUUAUGUGUGCAGGGAGUGUGGGCAUGGCUUUCGCCAGCAUUCACAUCUCAGCAGGCAUAAGAGGACACAUUCGGGAGAGAAGCCUUAUGUGUGCAGGGAGUGUGAGCGUGGCUUUCGUCAGAAGUCACACCUCAUUAGACACUUACGGAUACACACAGGAGAGAAGCCUUACAUAUGCACAGAAUGUGGGCGCCAUUUUAGCUGGAAAUCAAACCUCAAGACCCACCAGAGGACACACUCGGGCAUUAAACCUUAUAUGUGCCUCGAGUGUGGGCAGUGCUUUAGCCUGAAGUCAAACCUCAGCAAACACCAGACGUCACACACAGGGGAGAAGCCAUUUGUGUGCAGGGAAUGUGGGCGAGGCUUUACCCGGAAAUCAACCCUUUUCACACACCAGAGGGCACACUCAGGGGAAAAGCCAUUUGUAUGCAAGGAGUGUGGGCGAGGCUUUAAUGAUAAGUCAACCCUCCUCUCACACCAGAGAACACAUUCAGGGGAAAAGCCUUUCAUAUGCAGAGAGUGUGGUAAAAGAUUUAGCCAGAAGCCAAAUCUCUUUAGGCACAGGAGGGCACACUCAGGUAGCAUACCUUUGGUGUGCGGGGAGUGUGGGCAAGGCUUUUGUGAUAAGUUGACUCUCAUCACCCACCAGAAGGCACAUGCAGGGGGGAAGUCUCAUGUGUGCAGGGAGUGUGGGCAAGGCUUUAGCCGGCAGUCACACCUUGUAAGACAUCAGAGGAUACAUUCGGGAGAGAAGCCUUAUAUUUGUAGGAAGUGUGGGCGAUGCUUUAGUCGGAAAUCAAACCUCAUCAGACAUCAGAGGACACAUUCAGGAUAGAAACCUUGUAUGUAGGAGUGUAGUGAAAUCUUUAGCCAAGACUCAUACUUCUUGAGAUACCAGAAGUCACACCGAGGGCAUUAGUGUGGCUUUAGUAAUAAGUCAGGCAUUGCCAGACACCAAAGUGGAGACAUUUUAUGUGUGAUGGGAAUGUUCAUGAGACUAAUGGUUAAGAGUCAACAUCUCUAGUCCCUGUGAAGGAGAGCUGCCAGCACAUUUUCAGAGCUCUGACAUUCUCUAGUAGGGAUGGUGGGUUAUGGAAGAUCUGUCAGGUAAUGUGAUAGAGGGGGUACUUCCAAGUAGGUUGAAAUUAGGGAAUGGAGGCUUUUCUAAUGUCGUUUCCCAAGAAUACUUGAACACUAUACAGUAAUCUUAAUGUUGGAGAAACAGCAACACUAGAGCUCAUUUCUCAAUGUCUGUCUUAACCUUCUGAGAACAAGAGACUUGACAGAAAUCACGGCUGAUUUAAUCUUGGUUUCCCAGAAAAUGAGCCAGCAGAGUCCGCUUCAGGGAGAGUUUGGGAAAUGGUGAAUUCAUGGGAACAGAGAUGGUGCAUGGGUAGAAGGUUUUAUUAUGCAACAAGCUAACUGGUGAGAAAAAUUGUGACUAUCCUAGCUGUAGAUUUUAGGAAGAAGUAUCCAUUUUUGCUUAUUUCCUGAGGCCCUCUCUGGUUUCCAGGUUGAAUUCAUACUAAAAAUAGUUUUAUUAGGCGUAUUUAGACUAGAAAUGUGUUCUGUGCUUUCAUGAAGAAAACACACUCACAUAUACAGAAAUAGAAAAUGAAAUUACUUUCCAUUCUUCUUUGAAUUACCAUACUACAUCCCACAGGUAAUUCUUUGGUUUAAAUCUUUCCAGCCAUUGUAAAAUACAUGACUUUUCUGGUUGGGAAUACUCUCUUUUUGAGAAGGGCGGUGUCGCAUAGAUUCACUUAUAAUUCUGAGCCAGGGCCCAAUUUUUUUUUCAUGGAACUUGACUAAAUGAUUCUGAGUUUUAUUUGGAAAACAAAAUUUUGAGGAAUGGCAGGAUAAUAUAAGAACUGUAUAGUAACAUGUCUUUUUCAUCUGUGGACAGAUAUCUAGAAUAGAACUGCAUAAAAAAUAGAAAAACAAACUCACUUUUAUAUGAGUACUUAGAAAGUGAGGAAGCAAGAUUUCAAGUUAUUAUGAAAAUAGCAAGUACAAGAUUAGGUAUUUGAGUUAUUGGCUCUCAACCGAGGGAAAAGAUAAACAGGUCUCAAAGUUUCAAUAUCCAAAGGAUAUUGAAAGGAAAGAAAUCACUAGCUCAGAUAAUAUGAGGUGCAGAGUUCUUUUUGAUUUAAUUUAAUUUUUUCUAAUUUUAAGUAGGCUCCAUGCCCAACAUGGGGCUUGAACUCACCACCCUGAGAUUAAGAGUCAACAUGCUCUACUGACUGAGCCAGCCAGGCACCCCAAGGUGUAGGAGUCUUAAUUUUUGUUCAAAUUCUAAAUUUAAGUGGAGUGAUCAGAACCUGGUGAAGAAUUAGGAAACAUUAUCCUAGAUGGAGCUGCUGGUGUAGCUUGCCCUCCUCUUUCCUUCCCUGGGAUAAAUCCUGGCCUGCUGUCAUUUCUCCUUCUCAAUAGAAAAAUACUUUUAGAGUUUUAAUCUCUCUGUAUCCUAGAGUUGAAUUAUUUUUUUUUCAUAAAAUGAUGUCACAAAAAUAAGGAUUCCCACAGUAAACAUGUAUCUUUUAUAUUUUUUAACUUUAAGAAGAAAUAUUUUAGUUUUCAAUAUAAUCAGUCCAUAAAUCCAAAAGAUUUUGCCUUAAAUUAUUUAAAAUUCUCAACAAGAAAUAGAGCACUGCUGGUAUAUGAAGAUUCAAACAGAUUCAAAGAGACUCCAACCUUGGGAGACAUGUAUAUAGAACAGCAACCAACCAGACACUGGAAAUGGUGGAAGGAGGCCCCAUACUUUGGCCCUACCCAGUCCCCACCUAUACUGAGUCUUAAACCUGCAUUAGAUCCUCUGCUUAGAACUUCUCAGAAGAGACAGAAUGGGAACAGGUAACCUGAGUUCU